GUAUAAUAACACUUCUGACGAGUAAUUCUUCUCUAAAAUGGCCGAAGGAACUAUGUGAAGUAUGAAGCCGUGCAGACGGUGGAAUUCUGCUCAUACGACAACUAGACCAAACUGGAUCUGAGGUUUGACUGUAUGCAUCGGCAUUGGUACUACAUAUUUUAGGUGUUAAAUUUCUUCUUAAUCUGGUCAUUUCUGAGUAGAGCUCGAUAUAUUUGGUUAGCUACGCAACUAAUUUAUCUGAAAUUGCUGGAUUCAGUCUAAGGUGUUAACAAUUGGGUUUCUGAGGGAAUUAACUUAAUUGGAUUUUUCAAUUUUCGGUGAAACUUCUUUCUGUUUCUCUCUAACUCUGAUUUAUGAUUGUUGUGUGUGAUAAUUGGAGCUUAAGAUUGUUCGAGUGGUUGUGAAAUUCAACUGUGGAUGAUAUUCAUGGAGUUCAUUGGCCCUAUUUUGGAAAUUUUUAUCUGCUUGUGUGAUUGCAUGUCGAAGAAAGCAAACACAAUCCUAAACUUGCAAAAUGAUGCAAAAGCAUUAGAAAAUGCACUGGAGCAAUUGAACAAUGUAUUUGAGGAUGUGAAGAGAAUAGUAGCACUUGAAGAGGAGAGGCAGAUGGUGCCCAAUAAGCAAGUCGAUGGCUGGUUGUGCAAGGUCGAAUCCGCGAACAAAAGUGUCGGGGAAGUUCUUGAAAAGUCGAGUGGAAUGAGGAGUGGCUGUUUGAGCUGUUUUGGCUGUUGGUCGAGAUACAAGCUCGGCAAGGAAGUUAGGGUGGAGCUCAAAGCUGUGGAGGAGCUAAGGAUUGAAGGGAACUUUGAAUCUGUAGCAGAGGCGAUGCCGCGUGGUGUGGUCGAUGAGAGACCUUCAGAGGAUUCCAUUGGAUUGGAUUCGGUGCUCGAACAAGUGAAAAGAUGGAUUGAAGAUAGCGAGGUGAAGGUUAUCGGAAUACAUGGGAUGGGAGGCGUGGGAAAGACUACGCUUCUGAAGAUGAUCAACAACAGUUUUUUGGAGGAAAACUAUGGGUUCGAUCAAGUGAUUUGGGUCGUAGUGUCAAAACAUUCGAGCGUCGAAAGAAUUCAGGAUGCCAUUUGCGAACAGCUUAAGCUUCCAGAGAAUGUAUGGAAGAACAAAGGCGAGGAUGAAAAAGCAGUGCAGAUCUUCAAGAUUUUGAAUGUUAAGAAAUUUGUGCUCAUGUUAGACGACUUAUGGAGGCGAGUGGAUCUUGUGAAGGUCGGUGUCCCCGCUCCCGACAAUCGAAGAAUUUCUAAAGUGGUUUUCACGACUCGGUUUGAGGAUGUUUGCGGGUAUAUGGAAUCAGAUAAGCAGAUCAAAAUCGAAUGUUUGACAAAGGAUAAAGCAUUGGCUCUGUUCAAGAAGAAAGUCGGGACGACCACUCUGAAUGCUCAUCCGAUCAUACCAAAGCGCGCCGAAAUUCUUGCGAAUGAAUGUAAAGGUUUGCCGCUUGCUAUAAUCACUGUGGGGCGAGCCAUGUCUGGAAAAAGGGAUCUCCAUGACUGGGACAGAGCAGUUACGAAGCUAAGAAAGGAUCCCUCUGAGAUCACAGGCAUGGAAGAUGACGUGUUUCGUAUUCUAAAGUUUAGCUACGACAGCUUACGCAACGACACCAUCAGAUCAUGUUUUGCUUAUUGCUGCAUAUAUCCGGAAGACCAUGAAAUUUUGGUCAAUGACCUCUUGGCCCUCUGGGUCGGAGAGGGGUUUCUAGAUCAAUUUGAUGAUGUGCACGAAGCUUUUGAUCAAGGACAAGAUAUUAUCAAAAGCCUUAAAGCCGCGAGCCUUCUGGAAGACGGAGAGUCCGAAGAGUAUGUCAAAAUGCAUGAUGUUAUUCACGACAUGGCUUUAUGGAUUUCCGGUGGAUCCAAAACAAGCGUGAAUAGAUAUUUGGUGAUCGAUCACGUCGAUGUGCUUGAAACACAAUUACUUUCUUCGAGGGUGGAGGCUGAAAGGGUGUCGUUGUGGGGAAGUAGCUUUAGAACUGUUCCAGAAGUUCGAUCUUGGCCAAAUGCUUUAACUUUCGUCGCGAGAGACACUGCGGUGAGAGUCUUCCCUUCUCAAUUCUUGCAGUUCAUGGCUUUCCUAAAGGUUUUAGACUUAUCGCGUAACGCUCAUCUAGCGGAGUUGCCAUCCGGCAUCGGUGAGUUGGUACAACUUCAGUUUCUCAACUUAUCACACACCCGAAUCAGGGAAUUGCCGGUGGAGCUCAAGAACUUGACAAAAAUGAAAUACUUGCUGCUGAAUUCUACAUACAGGAUGGAAACGAUUCCUCGGCAGGUGAUAUCGAGCUUUUCCAUGUUGCGUGUACUGCGACUGUUUGGAAAUAACUCUGCAUCGUAUAAGGAUGUGGAAAAUAACAUUUUAAGCAGCGGUAGGAGAGAGUUGUUAGAAUUAUUGGAAGGCUUUCGAGACAUUAACGAUAUAUCGAUCACGCUAUUCGAUCGAUACUCAAUCGAAAAGCUUAAGAAUUCAUACAAGAUCCUGAACUGCUUAAGUUCUCUUUGCCUCGAGCGAUGCGAGGGAUUGACGCGGCUCGAGUUUUCAUCUUCAUCCAUCGAAAGAAUGCGACAUCUUCAGAGGCUUGAUAUUUAUUACUGUGAAAUGAAGCAGUUGAUAAUUCAUUUGGAAUUCGAGCGUAGCCAUGCAGCUGGAAUUUCUCGUGCACCCGAUCAAUUCAUAUCUCGGGGAAGUUUCCGUAGCCUCAGUAGCGUAUACGUUGCUUAUUGCGACGAGUUGUUGGACCUGACAUGGCUAACGUAUGAUCCAAUGCUCGAACUUCUUGACGUGGCUCACUGUGCGUCAAUGGUCGAAGUUGUGAGUGGUCGUCGUAAUCAAAGUACAGGGCUUGAAGCAGAAUCGAGCAUUUUUUCCCGGCUUAAAAGAAUACGUUUGAUCAAUGUGCCAUGCCUCCAAAGUGUGUAUCCGCAUCCUUUGUCGUUUCCAUCGCUCGUUGAGAUGCAUGUGCUAUCAUGUCGCAGACUACAACGGCUGCCAUUUGAUUCGAGAAGCGGACAAGGCAGUUUGAAGGAGAUCAGAGGAAGUCAUUGGUGGUGGAGUAUGUUGCAAUGGGAGGAUGAAAUGCUCCAGCCUCUCUUCCACGCAUAUUUUGUGCCCGAAUGAUCGAAUCUGCUACGCUCGUCUGUUUAAGACAUCCAGGUACAUUCUAUUACACAUUAUUUACCGAAGAAAGUGACAAUAGUUUCUUUUAGGUUUUACUAUUGCUGCGUUAAGACAUGCAUUUUUUUUUACGCUCAACUAGAAUUUCUCUCGAUUUUGUAACGAAAUAAUCGUGGAAUAGACUUGAUUUUAUUAAAGAAAAAAUCAACCAAAAUACAAACAAAAGUUUGAACUAAGGGGGGUGUAUUCAUUCUUGAUUUUGUAGGAUUCUAUUGAAUUUUUAAAAUCCGGGUGUAUUCAAUCCAGAUUUUUAAAAGUUUUUUAAAAUUUGGAGUAUUUAAUUGAGACUUUUAAAAGUCUUUUAAAAUUUAGACGGUAUUCAAUCUAAAUUUUUAAAAGU